AUGUGGGCCAGACUCUACAAUUUGUUCAACAGAUUCGAAGAGGAGAGAAAGCUGAAGGGAGACUCAGCCAUCCGUAACACUGAAGAUGACUAUGAGUGGGCUGAAAAGUAUCCUGAACAUGAAGCCAGCCUAAAGCCUGUGGAUAAGGUGGUUGCCGAGCAAUUGGAGGCUUUCAAUGUUGAUGGAAAGGCACUCACAACAAUUGAUAACAGCGUUGGAUUCUACAAUGUUGCUUCUUUGGAUGCUACUCCAUACUCUGUUGAAAACGAACAAAAUAUUCAGGAUAAAAUCCACAAGAUUAUCGAUGUUCUCCAAGAGAAGACCGAUAUUGAUUUUUCCAAUCCAAGCGUUGCUUUGGAAAAGCUGAGAGCAGAUUUAUGGGAUCCAUCCAAGACUGCUGAAAACAGCUACUGGGGUGUUGUUAGCAAGGAAUUGAACAUCAAUCCACGAGGUGUGGUAUUGGCAAUUCCACCAGAACUUUUCAAUAACACCAUCGGCAGAGGUGAUUCCGUGAUUGGUGGUUGGUAUGAUGCCGCUGCUUACGAUCCAAAGGUCCGUGAGUUGUGGCUUAAGCAAGGUUUGACCGUUCAAUUCGAGAAGCCAAUGGUUUCCAAGUUGCAAGGUAAUCAAGCUGCCUUGUUCGGACAAGAUGCUGCUAAGAGGCUCAUUGAGCAAAAGAGAAAGGGAACUGCAUACCACUAUGGUUUCCUCAGAAACAAGAUGGGAUCAAAGGUCUUUGUUGGAACGCUCAUUGGUUUCACCCUUUGGGGCUUGACUCUCAGAUUCAACGUUCAAAACUGGAGAGAUUGGAUGUACCAAAGAACCAAGUUUGUGGAACGUUUGUAUGAAUUGGACGAAAUUGGUGUUGCCACACCACAAAGCGAAAAGUUGGAUGCUGCUCACCGUGAAUGGUUGACUCACUACUAUGAAGAUGAGGAAUAA